AUGUUCUUGUUCCAUGUAUACAGUGUAGUCAAUGGGGAGACGUCGGUUGAAAGUCAGGAUCACGACGUAUACCGGAAAGUGGCCACUUCAAGGGCAGAGUCUUUUGUGAACUCCUACGAUCUGGGACGACUGAAGAAUCUUCAGCUAUUUUUCAACGUAGGGGAAAAUGGAUAUCCUUUUUACACGCUUUUCAUACCGCUUCGGAUUAUGCCUUACACCGAUGGACGGUCGUGGGCUCGUCGACCGGGAUUUGAUCGUCAUCACGGAGUGAGACAAGGAGAGGAAUUGACGGACGAGGAGGAAGAGGGGUGGACUUAG